AUGACUGCCCCAUCCAAGCGUGGUCUCCUCGCUGCCGGCAUCGCCACUGCUGUGGCUGCACCUCUCUUCGUGGCUCCCGGUCCCAGCGCCCCUGCGCCUCGCGCCCCAGCCGCACAGGGAGCGACGAGUGGACGCAACGGCCAUGCCACCAGCAAUGCUGCGCAGGUCUCAGCCGUCGCACUGACCAUGCUGGGUGCAUCCGCCGCCGGAGCACGACGUAAGGCAAAGAGCCCCGUGGUGUGCCAGGCAUCUGAAACCUUUCAGCAACAGGCCAUGGAGUAUCCGGCCGCCUUUGAGGAAAUUGCCGAGGUGAACAACAAGGAGAAGAAGGCAGAGACUUGGCAGUUGAAGUUGAUCUUGAUCUUUUUGGUUUUGAUGCCGUACGCUCGAGGCAAGCACGCCAGCAAACCAACAGGCAUCCCACAUCGACAACAUUCGACAACGUUCGACAACGAAAAGAGCAUCCCGUUCCCCCCAGUGACUGAGGACAUCAUCUGCACCAUUGGCCCCAAGUCUUGGGAUCCAGAGGUCUUGGUGAAGUUGAUGAAGGCUGGCAUGAACGUGAUCCGCUGCAACAUGUCUCACAGCGACCAUGAGGAGCAGAGCAUGAAGCUGGCCAACUUGGAGAAGGCCUACGAAUUGGCCCCUGAGUUCAAGGGCAAGAUGAAGAUCCUGAUGGACACCCGAGGCCCUGAAAUUCGCACCGGAACCUUUGAGGUGUACAACUCCAAGAAGGAGUUGAAGGCUGGCCAGGACUUCAAGUUGGUGACAGAUUACGAGCAGAAGGGCGACGAAAACAUGGUGGCCAUCACCUACUCGCAGUUGCCGAAGAGUGUGAAGAAGGGCCAACGCAUCUUGGUUCAGGAUGGCACUGUGAUCCUCAUUGUAGAGGAGUGCGGUGAGGACUAUGUCAUGUGCAAGGUGGUGAACGACUGCAAGUUGGGUGAGAAGAAGAACGUGAAUGUCCCAGGUGUCAAGGUGGAGAUCCCUGUGGUGGGUGAGCGGGAGAUCAAGGACAUCGAGGAAUGGGCCGUGCCAAACAACGCCGAUUACAUCGCCCUGAGCUUCGUUCAGAGCGCUGACGACGUCAAGGAGUGCAGGAAGCACUGCAAAGGCAAGGACAUCAAGGUGAUCUCCAAGAUCGAAAACGUGGAGGGCUUGAAGAACUUCGAGGAGAUCUUGGCGGAGUCCGAUGGCAUCAUGGUGGCGCGCGGAGAUUUGGGCAUGGAGAUCCCUAUGGAGAAAGUGUGGAUGGCUCAGAAGAUGAUGCUGAAGAAGACCAAGGCGGCUGGUAAAUAUGCCGUUUGUGCCACGGAGAUGUUGGCAUCCAUGGAGGACAAGCCCUUCCCUACCCGCGCAGAGGCAUGCGACGUGGCAAACGCCAUCCUGGACGGUGCUGAGGCUGUCAUGCUGAGCAGUGAGAGUGCCAUGGGCAAGUUCCCGGUGGAGACAGUGAACACCAUGAGGAGGAUUGUGGAGGAGGCUGAGCACGCCUUGGUCUCUGAACUGGCGUUUGUAAAGGUCGAGACCGUGUCUGUCAAAGAGGAUUUACACAAACGCUUCAGGGAGAAACUGAAGCGCAUGGCGCCGGACACCGCAGUGCUUGACCCGCACCUGUUGAAGAAGAGUUUGGAUAGUCUUGUUAACGAGAUCAAAAAGGACUUUGAGAUGAAGCUCAAACCUUGGCGAAUGCCUGAAGAUGAUGAGGCUCAGGUGGUGGGAGACUUCCACCAGGCAUUGAUGCAGGCAGUGCAACAUAGGACCAUCGUCAACGAUCAGCAGGCAGAGGGCAUGUGGUACAGUUGUCUUAUCAAGAGGAUUCAGGGUAUGGGUACGGGCCUUUGUGGAAGGCAGUUGAGCAGAUUUCAUUUUGCUGUCUGCCGUUGCUUGCAGAGUCUGCUUGCUCAAGCAGACUCAGACCCAACGACCGGUCGGGCGACCAACGCGCCGGACUGGGCUUGGCAACCCCCGGGACCCUUGUCGCGCGGGAAGUUUUCUCAGCGCGACUGCGCCAAGAUGGAGCUUGGGGCCGCCGGCGCCGCAGCGGCGGGCGGCGUCGGGGUGGGGCUCUUCGGAUACAACCGCGGCAACUACAUGAUGGAUCAGAAGCUUCACUGGGCUCGCUUUAAUGCGGGCUUCAACAUGGCUUGUGCGCAGACCGAUCAGUACAAGGAAGACUUGGUGGACUUGACGACCUUGACAACCAACCGCAUGCACGUCUACGCGGACAUUGCUGGCAUGACCGCCACCAUUCUGACUGCGAUUUUUUGCCCUGGGCGUGUUGGUUUGCAUACACCACCUCCACCUUCUUGGCUCAUGGGCUUGAUGAUGGUGAACGUGGGAGGUGCUUACAUUUGGCUGGGGCUCACCAUGUGGCUGGCUAUGCAUGCUUGCCUGCGCGCCAACGCGGCAACAACUCACAUGCUCACCCGCUUCGUCAGGCUUCCGAUUCCUGCGAACUUUAUGUUGGAUCGUGCUCGAAAGUUCUUGGGAUCCUGGGAAGAGCAACCAUUGCGAGAGGUCUUGCGCAUUCCUUGGACGCGGCAUCAGUACAACAGCACUGACGAGCAGAGCUACAACGAAGGGAUGGAAAUCGAUGAAGCAGCGCAGCGACGCACCAGACACGGCAUUGACGUGCCCUCCUGGUACCGCAAGGAGCAAGCCAUUGAUACAGGCGAGCCCUUCGAGAGCAUGAUGCCUUUGGCUGCACAGGGCACUGCCCCAGAGCACUUUGAGGUGUACCGCGAGAUUCAGAACGAAUGGUGGCCAUACGACGUAUACGCCCGAAUCAGCAUCUUCUUGGCCUUCAUGCAUUUGCUCCACUGCUGGACCUAUCAGCACAUGGGCCACCUCUUUUGUGAGAACCGGGCCGUCUUCGCGGCCGGCUUGGUGUGCAUUCCAACCUGCGUGUUGCAGCACAUUCUGCUAACCUUGGACAUCAUGCCGGGUCAACUGAACUUUUCUUUGCAGCGUUUGGGCCCCUUCGCCCAAAUUGUGGCAUGGAUCGCCUUGGCCAUUGAAUACCAGCCCUACUACGACCCUGGUACCGCGGCCAUUGGCUAUGUUCUUGUUUACGUGGCCUAUGCCUUUCACAUCAUCUACACCAUUCAGCUGCUGCGCAUUUGUGCCCCGGACUUCUCUGCACCGGACCAGGCAGAGGUGCCACAAGGCACCUGGUGGCCUGGACAAUGGCGUUUGCCCAAAGCUUUCAAGCACGCAGUUUGGCUGGUUGCACCGCCCAGACACCUCGAGCCAGGACAGAAUGACUUGGUGGGUGAGAUGCGCAAAACAUCGGAGGGCGGAACUCAGACCGCUGGACAAGCUGGGCGGCUGACCUUUGAUGCUGUGGAGGCGAAACGCCGAGAUGUGCAUCGAGCCCUUGGAAAGCAAGGAGAAUCCCCAGCGUGGUUCAAUGUGCGCACGGGCCUGCUGGGCUUGUUAGUGGCUUGGGUCUACCUUGUCUUCGGCUUCACCAUCGAAGUGGCAAAUGCUCACACCACCACCCCGUCCUUCCUGAGCGCCGGUGGAGUGCCAAACAACCUCCGCGACCCACGGUAUCGCCCCCCGAAAGUGGGCGCUCAUGAACCUACAGAGGUGGGAACAGGCGGAUCAUCUCAUGGCCCAGCGGUUGGUGUCAAGCAUCAUGCCCGACGUUUGCAAGCCCUAGAGGGAGUUUCAACAAGUGACAUUAUUUCUUCUUUGCCCCGCGAAGAGCUGGUCGCGAAGAUCCGCAGCGCUUUGCCAUACCUUGCCCAACUGGCAAAGGGCGGCAGUCGCCCCACUGCAGCACUUGAGAAGUCUAUGAUUGACACGACCACAGCGAUGCCACAGGCCAAAGCCACCGCUAUCCGUUGGCCCGCGAUGUUUGAACCGAGGUUGAUGUGCGGGCAUGCUACAACUUCCAAGCUGCUUGCACUUUCGCACCAUGGACGCGGUUUAAUCAUCACCCCAGAGACCCAUGCAGAGCCGCAACAGAUUGCCUUGCAUGGUAACAUGGGUCCGUUGCUGGCAGCUCACUGGGACGAGCGCGGCUUGAUGCUUUUGGCCUCCUCCGGGGCCACGUUCCACUGCCGCGAAGCCGUUGGGUGGUGGCCUUGCCAGGCACGGGGACCUGGAUCAAGCUGGGGCAUGUGCCCCCAACACCGCCGUCCAAGAACACGUCCUUCCACUCCCGCCACCCCCCCAAAAUGUGACGCUCCAUGA